AUGACGAGUGUCUUAUUUGGAGGGUGGCGUGGUGGUGGGCGACGGCUGGGGAGUGCCAGUCGUGUCGUGUUAGCGUCUUUGUUGCACGAGCCGUGUCAGGUAGUAGGCAGGGCGCAGAUGCGUGUGCAGGGCAACGUACAGAUUGAGGAAUACAGCUUGUCAGCGAGGGCUGAACAGUUGGCCAGUGCUAAUAGAGCCCUGGCAGAUGGAGACUGGCGAGAGGAGGAGAAGAGUCGACGAGGUGGGCGAGAUGCAGCAAGCGGAUUGGGUGUCGAGGGAGGUGGAUUAGGUAGCGUGGAGGAGAUGCAGUGGACUGGCCGGGCAGUGACUGGGCAAGGAGAGAAGAAUGAGUGUAGAUAG